UCCACGGCGGGGACACUCAGUCUCGUCGGCACCGCGGAGCGGGCUGCGUCAGGUGGCUGGCACCAGCGGCGCUCGCUAGCUCCCUGCUCUCGGGCUCGGGGCUGCGGCACCGGCUGGAGCUAACCCUUGUCCCGGCUCGGGGCGGCGGUGGGCAGACAGGCAGGAACUGCCUUGCGUGUGAGUGCACCUCACUCACAUAGCUAACCCAAGGAGCGCCUAAGGGCAGCCAGCCCAGCAGCCCCCAACGAAGCCCGAGAAAGCUGCACUCGGUGGCCCCAGAACAUCACAGAGGAGACCGCAAGCCCCCCGACACGGGGCGCACAGGAGCCGGGAAGCCCGAGGCCGGGGGCAAGCAGACCGCCCGGGCCAGGCGCGAGCCAAGCUCCCCGAGGUGGCCGGGUCACCAUGCUGAAGAUGGCCAUGAAGCUCAAAGCCCGAGCGGCCGAGAGCGAGAGGAAGACAGCCGUGGCUGCCGCCGAAGUGGCUGCCGAAGCUGCCGUGGCGGCUGCGGCGUUGGCCGAGCCACUCGCUUCGCAGAAGAAAGGGGACCCCGUGAAGCCCGUGAAGCCCGUGAAGUCCGUCAAGACCCCCGCGAACGCCGUGCGCGAUGUGCCGCCAGAAAAGUUGCUGACCGCCAAAGAGCGCAAGAAGAUAGAGAAGAAGUUGCUGGAGCAGAGGAAAAAAGAGGAGAAGAAGAGGGAGAAAGAGAGGAAGAAGUUGGAGAAGAUGAUGAAGAAGAAGAAGAAUGUGCCAGAAUUCCAAGCAGAGGCCCGAGGCCCCGAGGUCGCCGCCGCCGCUGCCGCCGCCGCCGCCACGGCCACCGAAGAAGACGAGGGCGCCACGGAGGGCGCCGCCGGGCUCGGCGGGGGCGCCGCCGGAGGGGGCACGAGUAGAGCCUGGCCCGAGUGGGACACUGAUUCAGGUGAUGAAGACGACGCCUACUAUGCGCCUCCUCGUGUUGGGGGCGUCGUGUGGCGGCCUGGGCCUGCCAAAGCUGGAGCACUUAGCGCGCACAUGCCCCUCGUGGUGUUCCUGGUGUUCUCCGUGCGCAGCCCCUCGUGGGUGCUCAACUUCCUGCUGCAGCGGCGCACAGAGCAGGGCCGCGGCUGCGGCUUCGUGUUUGGGGCGACCUGCUGCUUCCGAGUGUUCCUGGGCUGCGCCUUCUUCUCCUUCCUGAGUGGCCGUGGCAAGCGCAGAGGCCGUGGGCGCUCCCGGGCCAGAGGCACCGGGCGCCGGGGGCGCGACGAGCGGCUCAUCUAGUCAGACACCCCCCACCCCUCCAUCAUCACCAUCUACAUCGACCACCACUACCACCACCUUCCACCUCCACCACCAUUGCUGUGUAGUGUGGAUCUUUAUUAGUGCUUGUGUGUGGACACAUUUUCCUUUUCGGUUGCUCUGUCCUUUGCUUCCUGCUCUCCUUGCUUUUUCUCCACAGUCCCUGCUUUCUGGCUCUCUCAGUGUCUCUCUCUCCUUUUCGAAAUUUUCCUAAGUCCGGGCCCGCGCUCCCUCCCUUUCCGCCCACCCCGGCCCCUUGGCGGCGCCCGCCCGCCUUGCUGCAGGAGGAGGGGGAUCGGGGGCCGCCCGGCCCGGGGGUGGAGCGCUGGCAUCGUGCGAGGGGUCGUCACCACCGCGGGGCCGCCCCCUCUCCCCCCGCCGUGCGGCCAGUCCCCGGCCCCAAGCCACGGGUGGGGCGAGGAGGCGACCCCACCGUGUAUCCCGGCCCGGGCUAGACGUGGGUGCAGGGACCCCUGCCCGGCCUCCGGGCACCGCCUCCCUGCGCCCGCGCCCGCCCUCCCAGCCGCGGCCCUCCUCCUCC